ACUGGACUGUAAACAAAUAGAAGCAGACUUGCAGCUCGUGCAUAUCCUAACAUUCAACCAGUGUCACACUAGGCAGCAAACACUUCAGAUUAAGCUGUAUGAAGAAUCUAUUUCUUUGUUUACAUGAAUAAACUUUGUUUCCUACAGACUAAAAUCUGAAGCUUGAGAGCAACAGGUGAUUUUGUAAAGCCACUGAAUUCUUCUCAGAGUUAUUAUUACUGUAUAAAUUAAUUUUUCUUUUACUUUGUUUUUAUGUGUGUUACAUAUGAAGAACUUAAUAAAAACAGUUGGAAGAUUUCUCUGUACAGAUCACCAACAAAAACUUAAAAAUGUGUCAUCACAAACGGUUGUCAAGCAGACUCAAGAUAUUCCCAAGCUUCCAAACUGUUCACUCACUCCACGACCCUAUGAGGGUCCAAGUUACGAGAAGCUGGAAAAGAUCAAACAACAACAUGUGAUUCAGUGUAUCCGACAGUACUACAAGAAGCCUCUGCUUCUGCAUGAGGGGCAUGGUCAGUGGCUUUUUGACCAGAAUGGCAACCGCUACCUUGAUAUGUUUGGAGGCAUUGUUACAGUCAGCGUGGGACACUCACAUCCGAAAGUUAAUGAAGCACUCAGAAAGCAGAUGGAAAAACUAUGGCAUACAACAAAUAUCUACAUGCAUCCGAAAGUGUAUGAGUAUGCAGAAAAACUGGUACAAAAGUUUCCUGGAAAACUGAAGGUUGUGUAUCUUGUAAACAGUGGGUCGGAGGCAAAUGAUUUGGCAAUGCUUUUGGCUAGAAUUCAUACAAAAAACUAUGACAUCAUCUCAUUUCGCAAUGCCUAUCAUGGAAUGAGCCCAUACGUCAUGGGCAUCACUGCACACUCCACCUGGAGGUUUGAAAUUCCCGUCAUGCAAGGGAUACAUCAUGUAAGUAAAACAUUAUUGCUAACUCUUGGGUGAAUACAUAGUGCCAUG